AACAUCUGACAAAUUUUAAAUUUGUGCUGAAUUAAACGCAAACCCUAGCGGGCUUUUUGAAAAUCGAUUUUUGGGACAGUUCCAAAUUAUUUAUAGUUUUUUAAUACAAAAAUUUUAAUAAUUCAAUAGUUUUGCUAAAUAGAUAGUAUAAAUUUUUUGUGUAUUGAAAAGUUAUUUAUAAGUGACGUUUGUCCGAGAAUUUAAACUUUUUACAGAAAUGCCGUCUAUUAUUGAUUUGAAAGAAGUAGACUCGAUUUUCCCGAGGACUCAAGAUAACAAAGAUAUAAUUCGCAACGAAAGUGCGCUCUCACUUGUAGAAAAUUCGGAAAAGCAAAGGAAAAGGAGGAGAAAACUAUCUGAGAAGGAAGCUGACAGUAACCAGCUGGCUCCUGUAAAUUUGAAUGAUCAAGCUUCGUCAUCAUCCCACCGGUCAAUGAUAGACCUUCAUAUGGCAGACGACGAGAUGAUAAAUAUCCCAUGGAAGCUACACAUUGCAGAACAAUCUAUUAUGGGAUUAAAUUUGCCCUUCCAGACAUUUCUCAGUCCAUCGCGCACUCUUUCCGAAGAAUUUAAUGUGUCCACUGGUAGGCUUAGCCACCCAAAAAGCGCUCAGGUAAUUGGCUUUACCAGGCCUUUCGAAUCUGGGGCUCCGCAAAUCGAUUCAACCAAUUUUGACUGGAGGGACUGCUCAAAUAAAAAACCAAUGGCCCCUGUUCAUCCCAUUUGCUGUGGACCAAGUAUGCUGAGCAAAAUUUUUGAUGCGAGAAUUCAUAUGCUAGAAGAAGAGAUUGUUGAAUAUUGCUGCAAAAUUAAGGAGAAAACCACCACACUGAGGAACUGCUGUCGCCAGAAGGAGUUGUUGGUGUGCCGCAAAAAUACCCUGCAUAACAUUCUAAUGGUUAAGUUAGAGAAAAUGAAGAAACUCCAGAUACAUCUUUUCAAAAUUAGAUUUGCGGUUUGCUGCCCAAAAGUCUCGGCUAUUUGCAUGGUAGAUAUGGAUGUCCGCGAAGAGAUCGAAAACAUCCGCAGGUUAGAAGACAAGGUUGAGGCUUUAUAUAAUGGAAAAGAAUAUAAAAGACAACUUGAGAGCGUAUGCAAGGCCGACAAAGAAAAACUCGAAAAAUUCCAAAAAGAUUGGGAAGCAGAUUUGCAAUUAGUAGAAAAAGCUUACACAGAACUUUCGGAUAAACUGAACAAAAUGAAGGAAAUAUGCAAGCCUUCAGAACAAAAAGAUACUAAAUGGACUAUGAGCCCAGUUGUAUCACAAAUUAAAGGAGAAAAAGAGGAAGCUCCUGCAGGAGAGGAGCCAAAUAAUCCUCCCCCUGUGGAUACAGUAUUCCGGAGGAAUUUAGCUCAUAAACCCCGGGCUAUUUCAGAAUCGUGCGACAGCUCGUCCCAUAUUCGCCAUCGAGCUCGCCGAGUAGAACCAGACGCACAGAAAUGCAAGGAAGUAUCUAACAAACGCCAAAUUAGGCAAAACAACCGCCGCCCGGAAAACGUGAAGCAGGACACACAACCACGUCGGCAAGUGAAACAACCUACAUCCUCGAAGGAUUACACCCUUGCAAGUAGCUCUGAAUAGCGAGUGAAAUGGAAAAUUUCCUGUCUCCCCUUUGAAUCCUGUAUAUUUAGCAAUAAUAAAUUACUUGUUGCUUUCUCUA